ACACACUAGAGGCACUUGCCACAUAUGUAUACAGGUAGCUCUAUGUCUUAAUGCAGUUAAUCAAAUUUUGAACUGACCACAUAACUAGAAAUCAUACAGUUAUAAUACCGGGAGGUUUAAAGGUAGGACAGACAGCCGUCAAGAGUGAGAUAAUACUAGUGAUUCGUAUCAUCAUUAACACUCGUGUCCAGACCAGUCACUUCCUGGAUCUAUACAUUUACCAUCGAAUUCGUGACGCCUUUAAUACCUCACAGUUGUACUAGACAAUAUCAAGCAGCUGGUUUUUGUAUACAGCCAUCUUGUUUAAGCAACCAACAGCAUGGAUAUUACUUAAAGACAGCAGUGCGUAGAACUGCAUGAGGACCGUUUACUCCAGCGACCUAACUAUUUGUGUUUUGGUAAAGGAAAUUUCAUGGCAUCCGAAAGCUCCAUCCGAUGUAAACGAUGGCGUGAAAAACGCAAAGAUGAUGUAGAAUACUGGAACCAGGAAAGAUCACGAAAACGUGAGGCCAGACGAACACGACCUGACGAGAAAAAACAACAUGACAGGGAACUUAGUAGAAAACGGCAGAAAAAAUUCCGCGAUCGCAAGAAGCAGAAGAGGUGUAAAGAGAGUAGUUCCGUCAUAGAAGUGGAUGGGCCGACUGUUGAAACUGGAAUCGUCACAGAAGAUGUAUCAUCUGGAUCACAUGAUGCUGACAUGUCAGCAAACUUAAUUUCAGUUCCGGAAUCCGAUUACAUGCUUCUGGAAUCUGAUGCGAUAACGUCUAGCAACUUUAGGGAAACAUAUCCAGAUGGUAUAAAGGACGGGAAUUCUCCAACACCGGAUUUACAUUACUUAAAAAGCAACAGGUCGGCCAAAGAAACUGCACCUCAUAUAAACCUUAUACAAAAUGAGGAUGGAAAAGGAAUAGACAUCAUAAAUAAUGACAAUGCACGGCAAGCUUAUUUUGAAACAAUACAAACCAAAUUGUCUCUGGUUGAAGACUUUAACUCUGUUAAAAGUCGCUGUAAUUCAAUAUCACAGUACAUCGAACAAACGUUCUCGAUACGCGAUUUACCGACAUUGGACGUGAGAGGAUAUCAUCUAGAUAACGUCGCGUCAACUUUAUACCCCCAUGAUGAUUCUCCAAAUAACCUCGUUCCCAUACGCACUGUCGGCGAUGGAAAUUGUCUUCCACGGGUUGGUAGUUUGUUUGCGUUUGGAAAUGAGAAACACCAUGUCGAAAUGAGGGUCAGGAUUUUCAUGGAAUUAUGCCAGUUCGAGGAUUAUUACUUAGACGACUCUUAUUUGAAUAGAGGAACUGAAAAGUCAGUAGGAAAUAUAGCAAUGACCCUUGCACAGUAUUCAGUUGACUAUUUUCUGACGGACAAACACAUGUGUCGUGAAGCUUUCCGAAAGUACAUGAACGCUGUACUGCAGCCGAACACCUUCAAUGGAAUAUGGAGCAUUUUUGCGCUAGCUAGCGUCCUCGGUGUGCAGAUAUUUUCUAUAUACCCAUCAUACGGAGGUUACAAUGUGAGGCGACAUCUUCAUCGCCAGGUCAUGCCCCGAAUAUGUAGACACGAUAAUGAUCGAAUAGUUCACAUCAUGUGGACAAGUACACAGGGAAAACAACAGGAGCCCUCAUCGUGGACUCCAAACCAUUUUGUCGCUGUCCUUCCUACUCAGGAACCCAUUCAUUCAAGUGUUCAAGAAGAUCGUGUCGGACCAAAAAUGCUCAACAUUCAAGUUGGAACAGACCAAAGCGGAUUGAUUGAUAGGUCUGAUGUACACAGUGGAAUUACGCCCUCAAAUCCUAUGGACGUGCCGUCAAAAUAUCGUCCAAACGAGAAGGUGGAAACCCCCACUUUUAUAACCCUGCAAAAUGUGUCCAGAGAAUAUUCAACAGUUCCGCUGAUACAUGAAGCUCCUGAAAGAACUAUACUACUACAGCAAACUGGGCAUGAUAAUCCAACGAUGCCAUCUCUCUCUGUGUCUGAGGGUUCGGUUGAUGGAAAUGAUACACAACGACGACACGAAGACCGGUGCCUGUCACAUCCAAAUGAGGAACUUUUGUACCUUUGUACGACCUGCAAUGGACUUCCCAUCUGCUAUAAAUGUCAUCUACAAGGACACCAAUGUCAUAAACUGACAGAUUUGAAGGCAUGCCUUGCCGAGAGCGAAACUUUGUAUGUAACGAAACUAACAAAGAAAGAGGAACAUCUGAAAGACGACAUCGAAAAACGGAAAUUGGAUCACGUCCGAAAUAUGCAAUGCAUAGAAAGCGAAAUCGAAGACGCACAUACGUUUUAUAAAGAACAAUUGACCACAUGGGUAUGCAAUCAAAAGGCGUGCGUGCGUGACAGAGAUCAGAAUAUAAGACGCCAAUUACAAGACCUGGCAGCACAGAUAGGAAAUCCAGACACAUCUGUAGAGGAAAAACUUCUUGAAUUAAGAAAGCUGCCAGUAUCACAACGACUUUCUGUAAUGUCUACGGAACCACAACAGGAAACUAUAUCCGGCGGAUAUCCCCGUACAAAGCUCGUGUUCCGUGAUAGACCAGUCCAUUUCUUAGGCAUGUUAGGCACCCUUGCCGAAAUACCCUGUCAGAGUGAUAUAUCGACUACGGAUGGAUCCAUGCAAGCGGCUUACGGAUCAGAACCACUGAGAGUUCCCGAUGGAGAUAACGGUAGGACACAAGCUGAACGAGAAGGUCCUAGGAAAUCGACAAACGGGACAGCAAAGACUGAUUUGAGUACAAUGAACAAUUAUGACAAACGGUUUAAAGGUUUGGAAGGCAACAUUCUGGAAUCAUCAAUGUUUACUCAAAAUGACCAUGCAUGGAUUCCCGGAUCAAUAGAAACGCUGACCAACAAUCACCAACAAUCACCACAUGGAACAUCUCACAAUGUUCAAUCAUCUGCUUAUGGCAGAUUGGAAGUGCCGUUGCUCAAUGGUCCAAUACAAAUGCUUGACCGCUUGUCACCUGUACAAAAUUCCACAGGAACACAGAUCAAUGAAGUGGAGACAGAGCUAAAUCACGAUCAUGUCACGUUCGCAGGGAAUACCAGAAACGAAAACAAGUGUACAAGAUUGGACACGUCUAAUGUGAUCAAAGCAGACAUUUGGGUAAAAGCUGUUAAGGGAACCGACUAUGAUAUGAUAGGGUCUCAUCAUCACAUUCACAGAAGUACAACAGACAUAGCAACUGAACCAUUUAUGACGACGAACUUCUCACAAACAACUUCGAAGCAACGACAUUGUGACCCUGGGUUUACGGGGCUGGUGAGAAUGGAAACUCAAAACAGCAGGAACAGCGAAACUCGAAAAUACGUUUCGGAGGGUCAAGCGCUCGAUACAACCGUCCACCCUGUCAACCUUAUUCCGGCAGAUAAACUGACACAUAUUCCAACCGGUAUCUUGAACGAUGUAGGUAACGUGGUAAUCGAGUUUCUGCCCUGCAGGUAGGGCGUAAGAAUUGUACCUGCUGCCCCCAAUUGCAUGAU